AUGGCACCAGAGGAUAAUAGCUCGUGCGAGCCUUGCAAGACUUUUGGACAGAAGUGCAGUCAUGUCUUGAAGAAACAAAGAGCCAAGUUUUAUAUUCUUCGCCGUUGUAUCGCCUUGUUAGUCUGCUGGCGUGACAACAACCACGACUGCAAGGACUUUUGA